AUGGCCGCCGCUCGAGUUUUCGCAAUACCAGAACUACUCGAGUUGAUCCUGAAGAACGCCAAUCCUGUCCAGCUCUUCGCCCUCCAACGCGUCAACACAGCCUCCAAGGAUGUCAUUGCCGACUCGAAGCUCAUACGCCGCCGGAUGAUACUAGAGCAUACCAAGAACGACAUGUCCACAGCCAUGACGCUCCUCCGCGACAAAGCUGUCUUGCGCGCUCUUCCUCCCUUCUCUAACUUCAGCAUCUACAAACGGACGUCCCUGAGCGGUGGGUCACUCAUCAUCAUCUACCUAGAGUUCGAGUGUGAGUGGUUCGAAGCCAACAGAGAGUCGCCCCCGACGCAUCUAUUCAGCAAACACCCAAGAUGCGCCUCCUGGCGGCGCAUAUGUGUCGGCAAAGCUUCCGAGAAUGCCGUCACGUUGAAGUGCCCAUUUAGGACACUGGCUAAAUGGGACGGUGCGUUGUGUGAGGAGAUCACGUUGGGCGGAGUCAUGGAUCUAGCCGAGAGCGCGAUUUGGCAAGAAUGGGACCGCAACGAGCAUCAGUUUUGCGAACACAUGGACGGCGGAUGUGACUCGAUAUAUGACUCAAUGCUGUUCUAA